AUGAGGGCAUUAUCUAGAUCGCAUGAGUUGUUGUGUAUUUCUCUGCUAGGCUUCGGCACUUUGUGUCUCUAUGUAGGAUACUUUACCCAGCGCUUCGUUGCGGAAUCGAUCAUACAUUCCGUUCACGUUCGGUAUCCUCAAAGGAUAUCUAAACACGCCGGAUACUAUGGGCAAGCGUUUCAUCAAUCAGUGUUCGGACUUGCGUGCUUGAUCGCCCCUACAUUACAACAUUAUGUGGCAUCAAAGUGGACUCUUGUCACAUGCGCUGUACUGUUUUCAUUCUAUUACCUCGGAUUCUUCCAUGUUAAUCGCUAUUUUUUCUACUUCACUCAACUAUUGAUGGGAUUUGCGUAUUCAUUGUAUAAUAAUGGAGAAGGCGCGUACAUAGCUGAACAUUCAUCUAGGAAGACGGUAGAAUCAAACACUGCUAUCGAAACAGCUGUCGGUCACAGCAGCAUGUUCUUCGGAGGUCUAGUGCUCUUUUAUGUGUUUCACUCAAUCCCAGAAAAACGCGAAGACACUAUUAUCACGUAUCGUGAUUUUUCUGAUUCUCAGAUAGAGGCCAUCAAUGGCAUGUUUUUCGUAUUGACAGUCCUCUCAGCGAUCAUCUUCGCCUUCAUGCCGUCUCGCCAGCAAGCUGACAGCAUUGCUCUGGACUCGCCCAUAACUAUUGUCAGCUUGAAGACGCAGAUUCUAUGCCAGCCAGCUCAAGCGAGCCAAGCGAUACGCACUUCGCGACUAAAGCUCCCUCAUCUCAUGCUUCUAGAUGCUCUUGUGAGAACGGCCACUCAUACAAAUAUUAUACUACUAUGCACAACGUGUUUCUAUUUUGGUAUUCUUAUCUCGUUUAUUCUCAACGUUUAUCCAACUUCUUUGACAUUCACGGCCUCUCUCGCAAGAGACACAGAUCUGAUCGCGGUCUACAGUGUUUCUAUUGGAUUGGCUCAGAUGGCAGGUACGCUAUUUUUAUUUCAAGUGAAGUCAAAAACAGACCAGAAUCAUAAAUGGAAGACAGUUUUUAUCCACGGGCACGUUUGCUCAGGCACAAGAAAGGGAGGCAUUUUUAUUGGACCUGUGCUGAGAAAAGUUUCUAAAAACAAAAUUCAAAUUCUCGUGAUAGCACACGCGGUGAGUAUUGUCGCAGCAACGUCUCUAUUCUGUUUCUCUACUCCUUCUCGUUCGACAAUCAUCCCAAACGACGGUCUUCCUCUAUUGAUCCAGCCUAGUCGCAUUCUGGUGAUCGUUAUUGCGUUUCUUACUGGGAUUGGAGAUUUCACAAUAACGACAGCUCGCAUGACUAUGUGUCAAUUGGCAUUACCCGAACAUCGCAAUGAGGUGUUCUCGUUGACAAGGAUCGCAAUG